UGUUGCUGCUGCUGCUGCCACUUCUGGGUCGACGCACACGUACGAUAUUCAGUUUUUGCUGGCGCGACAUCAGUUUUGAGUUGGCUAUCAACGCGAGCGGGUCUUUCUCUUUGCAAGCGACAAACCAGCGACAGCAACUGCACCACCAGCAACUGCACCUAACCAAACAGCCACAAAAUGAUGAUGGAGAACGGUAUCUCCAUGGAGUACGGAGAUGGCUACAUGGAGCAGGAGGAGGAAUGGGAGCGCGAGGGAUUGCUCGACCCGGCGUGGGAGAAGCAACAGAAGAAGACAUUUACCGCGUGGUGUAACAGUCAUUUGCGUAAAGCCGGUACCGGCAUCGACAACAUCGAGGAGGACUUCCGCAAUGGCCUCAAGUUGAUGCUGCUGUUGGAGGUGAUCUCUGGGGAGACGCUGCCCAAGCCCGAUCGCGGCAAGAUGCGUUUCCACAAAAUCGCCAACGUGAACAAGGCGCUGGACUUUAUUGCAUCGAAAGGUGUGCAUCUGGUGUCGAUUGGCGCCGAGGAGAUCGUCGAUGGCAAUCUCAAAAUGACGCUGGGCAUGAUCUGGACCAUCAUCUUGCGUUUCGCCAUCCAGGACAUCUCUGUCGAGGAGAUGACUGCCAAGGAGGGUCUGCUGUUGUGGUGCCAGCGCAAGACGGCGCCCUACAAGAACGUCAACGUACAGAACUUCCAUCUGUCCUUCAAGGACGGUCUGGCCUUCUGUGCGCUCAUCCAUCGUCAUCGCCCAGAUCUGAUCGACUAUGCCAAGCUAUCCAAAGACAAUCCGUUGGAGAAUCUAAACACUGCCUUCGAUGUUGCUGAGAAAUAUCUUGAUAUUCCAAGGAUGUUGGAUCCAGAUGAUUUAAUCAACACUCCAAAACCGGAUGAACGUGCCAUCAUGACGUACGUCUCCUGCUACUAUCACGCCUUCCAGGGAGCCCAACAGGUUGGAAAUGUGACGCAUGUACCCGAACCCACAAGACAAUACACCUACGUCCCGAAUAAUUACAAUGCGGAAACGGCGGCAAACCGUAUUUGCAAGGUGCUCAAGGUUAACCAGGAGAAUGAGCGUCUUAUGGAGGAGUACGAGCGUCUGGCCAGCGAUCUGCUGGAAUGGAUUCGUCGCACGAUGCCGUGGCUCAACUCCCGUCAGGCGGAUAACUCGUUGGCCGGAGUACAGAAGAAGCUCGAGGAGUACCGCACGUACCGUCGCAAGCACAAGCCACCACGUGUUGAGCAGAAAGCAAAACUCGAAACAAACUUUAACACGCUGCAGACGAAACUGCGUCUGUCCAACCGUCCAGCCUACUUGCCCACCGAGGGCAAGACAGUGUCUGACAUCUCAAAUUCAUGGAAGGGCCUGGAGCUCGCCGAGAAGGCGUUUGAGGAAUGGCUACUGGCUGAGACCAUGCGCCUGGAGCGUCUCGAACAUUUGGCCCAGAAGUUCAAGCAUAAGGCCGAUGCCCAUGAAGAUUGGACACGUGGCAAGGAGGAGAUGCUACAGUCCCAGGACUUCCGUCAAUGCAAGCUGAACGAGCUAAAGGCCCUCAAGAAGAAACACGAAGCCUUUGAGUCUGAUCUGGCUGCCCACCAAGAUCGCGUCGAACAAAUUGCCGCCAUUGCCCAGGAGCUGAACACUCUGGAGUACCACGACUGUGUGUCGGUGAAUGCGCGUUGCCAGCGCAUUUGCGACCAGUGGGAUCGCUUGGGUGCACUCACUCAGCGCCGUCGCACUGCAUUGGAUGAGGCGGAGCGCAUUCUGGAGAAGAUCGACAUCUUGCAUUUGGAGUUUGCGAAGCGUGCGGCGCCAUUCAAUAACUGGUUGGACGGCACACGCGAGGAUUUGGUGGAUAUGUUCAUAGUGCACACCAUGGAGGAGAUUCAGGGCCUGAUCCAGGCGCACGAUCAGUUCAAGGCGACACUCGGCGAGGCCGACAAAGAGUUCAAUCUGAUUGUGAACCUGGUCCGUGAGGUUGAGUCGAUUGUCAAGCAGCACCAGAUACCCGGUGGCCUGGAGAAUCCCUAUACCACUCUGACCGCCCACGACAUGACACGCAAGUGGACCGAUGUCCGCCAAUUGGUGCCACAGCGUGACCAGACGCUGGCCAACGAGCUGCGCAAGCAGCAGAACAACGAGAUGCUCCGUCGCCAGUUUGCCGAGAAGGCCAAUGUGGUCGGUCCUUGGAUCGAGCGUCAGAUGGAUGCCGUCACAGCGAUAGGCAUGGGAAUGCAGGGCUCGCUGGAGGAUCAGCUGCAUCGCCUCAAGGAGUACGAGCAGGCGGUGUACGCAUACAAGCCAAACAUUGAGGAGCUGGAGAAGAUCCACCAGGCCGUGCAGGAGUCGAUGAUCUUUGAGAACCGCUACACGAACUACACGAUGGAGACGCUGCGCGUCGGCUGGGAGCAACUGCUCACCUCGAUCAAUCGAAACAUCAACGAGGUGGAGAACCAGAUACUGACACGCGACUCCAAGGGCAUCAGUCAGGAGCAGCUGAACGAGUUCCGUUCCAGUUUCAAUCACUUUGACAAGAAUCGCACCGGCCGUCUGUCGCCCGAGGAGUUCAAAUCUUGCCUCGUCUCGCUGGGCUACUCGAUCGGCAAGGAUCGCCAGGGUGACAUGGACUUCCAGCGCAUUCUCGCUGUUGUCGAUCCCAACAACACCGGCUACGUCCACUUUGAUGCUUUCCUUGACUUCAUGACCCGCGAGAGCACCGACACCGACACUGCCGAACAAGUCAUUGAUUCAUUCAGAAUCCUGGCAGCCGACAAGCCAUAUAUAUUGCCCGAUGAGCUGCGCCGCGAAUUGCCUCCAGAUCAGGCCGAAUACUGCAUCCAGCGUAUGCCACCAUACAAAGGACCCAAUGGCGUACCCGGCGCCCUGGACUACAUGUCGUUCAGCACAGCUCUCUAUGGCGAGACCGAUUUGUAAACCCGAUAACCCCCCCCACCCCACCCACUCAAAGGUCUCCUAUGUGCCGUAUACAAGAGCGGCCCGUAGCCCAGCCAGAGAUCAUAUAAUAAUUGAUAAAUUUUAAUAAUAAUAAUAUUAAUAAACAUAGAUUUAUUAUUAUACUACACUCGUAAAGGUAACUUCAAAACAAAACAAAACAAAACAAAACAAAACAAAAAACAAAAAUGAACAUAUUAUAAUUUUUCGCAAAUUAUAUAUAUUGUAUAUCUCGAUGUAUGCUAUAAGGACGUACAUCUUCAAGCCGAUUGUAAAACAGGAAAACAACAAAUGCAUAUCGAAUAUCCAAAAACGUCUAUAAAACAUUAUUUUUUGAAAUUUAUGUUAAUAAAACAAACAAAAAACAAACAAAAUUCUAUGCAACUAAAAACAUAAACACAAGAUCGAUCCAUACAUAUUUAAUAUGAUCCAAGAAAAACGAGAGCAAGAGGCAAACAUACAACAUAGAUAAGAACUAGAGGCACAACCAAACAGAUCGAGAGAGAAAGAGAUAUUUAGAGAUGUAGAGGAGAUAGACGUAGACACACACACAUACACAGAACAGACGAGUGCAAACAAACUAAUAUCUUAGAGAUUUUAGAAAAGAAUCAACGUUCUAAUCACCUUGAAACAUAUUUAUCAAAUUUCCCCAGAGAUAAAAAGUGGCCAAAAGGGAGAGGGAGAGAGAGAGAGAGAGAGAGAGAAAGGGAGAAUAGGCAGAGCUGGAAUAAUACUUUUAAACAACAACAACAAUAAAGAAGAGAUUAAAGGAAUGAUAUAAAAACAGCCAAUAAACUAAACUAUUUAUAUAUGUAGCUAUUUAUUCAUCGAAAUGAAAAAAAGUAAAGAAAAACUACUCGUAUAUUAUUCAUACUUAUUUUAAUUUAUAGAAUUUCACAUUUCAGCACUCGAUACUAAAACAUUACAAACUUAACAUUAACAUUAACAAAUGAUUUAUCUCGAUACAUACCCACACUACACACACACAUGCAUACAUAUACGAGAAAGUGAAAUAAAACGAUUGUUUGGUGAUAUUGUGUUUUAAUAUACAUCGCCAAUUUCACUUGGAA